CUUGCAGCGGUGCUUCUUUAAAAGGCUGGGACACUUCCUCUAUUUCAGGCGCUCAUCAACAAACUCACUUUCAACGCACUUCCCACUAUCACUCUGCUUUUACCAGCCUAUGGAAAUGGAGGACCGCAUGGAAAGCCAGAAGAGGAGAGGAGUGAGCAAAGAGGACUUGAUAUCUGAACGAACAGGCUCUUUGGGAGUGUGCGGUUGGAUCAUCGUUAUAUUCUCUGGCAUCUUCGCGGUUUUGUUCUUCCCUAUCACAAUCUGGUUUUGCCUCAAGAUUGUUCAGGAGUACGAGCGAGCUGUGAUCUUCCGACUGGGCCGCAUUACAGACAGGAAGGCUAAAGGACCAGGAAUUUUCUUUGUUUUGCCAUGCACCGACUCCUUUGUGAAAGUGGAUCUGCGAACCAUUUCAUUUGACAUCCCACCACAAGAGAUCCUGACCAAAGAUUCGGUUACAGUUUCUGUAGAUGGAGUGGUCUACUUCCGCGUCAGUGAUCCCAUCGCGUCUGUGGCCAAUGUUACCAAUGCUGACUUUUCCACCCGCCUGCUGGCACAAACCACCCUCAGAAAUGUCCUGGGAACUAAGAACCUCUCUGAAGUUUUGUCUGACCGCGAGGGUAUUGCUCACAGCAUGCAGUCUAACCUGGAUGAAGCCACAGAUGACUGGGGGAUCAAGGUGGAGCGAGUGGAGAUAAAAGAUGUGAAGCUGCCAGUUCAGCUGCAGAGAGCCAUGGCUGCUGAGGCAGAGGCUGCACGAGAGGCCAGGGCUAAGGUGAUUGCAGCAGAGGGUGAGAUGAAUGCGUCUCGUGCCUUGAAGGAGGCGUCUCUCGUGAUUGCAGAAUCUCCCUCAGCCCUGCAGCUUCGCUACCUCCAGACUCUCACCACCAUUGCGGGAGAGAAGAACUCCACCAUUAUCUUCCCCCUGCCCAUGGACGUUAUGUCUCACUUCAUGAGGAAGUGAGAUUACUGGCUCAGUGUUUGUUGCUCAUCACGAAGCACGAUGGUGCAUUUAUGUGCAUGUUCCUAAAAGCAAACAAAUAUUAAAAAACAAACAAAAAAAACCCUGUCAGGCUGCAUGUUUGUCGUUUUCUAAAUGCAAUCUUAGAACAGCUUUAUAUUUUAUAUUUUCUUCACUUCACAGACCAUAUUUUUUCUAUUGAAAUUACCUAAAGAUGCUUCAGU